AUGGCUGUCCCAAACGUGCCCCCUUUCAAGGUCGCUGCCGUCCAGGCUGAGCCUGUCUGGCUCAAUGCCAGGGCCACAGCUGAGAAGACGUGUACGCUGAUCAAAGAAGCAGCAUCCAGUGGCGCCAAGCUCAUCGCUUCUCCCGAGCUCUGGAUUCCAGGCUACCCUCACUUUCUCUGGGUCAAGGACUUUGGGUCGUCGAUGCCUUUCAGCAUCAAGUACGCUGCCCAUGCGCUGACAGCCGAAUCGCCCGAGAUCCAGCUGAUCAAGGAUGCCUGUGCUGCCAACUCCAUCUGGACAUCAUUUGGUUUUGCCGAGAGAAGAAACGGAUCAAUGUACAUGUCGAAUUGCAUCAUCAACAGCGAGGUGAGUCUCCCUUCGUGGCGGUUCUCUCCAUUGCAUUGCUCAGGUCCAUUCUUUGAACUUCUCUUCAGGGAAACAUUGUCAAUAUCCGACGCAAGAUCAAGCCGACUGGGCUCGAGAGGGUCUUGUUCGGCGAAGCGUCAGGUGAUGCGCUCGACAAUGUCGUCACCACUCCUUUUGGGCGCGUGGGCAAUCUGCAGUGCUGGGAACACAUCCAGCCCCUGCUCAAGUACCACACAUACUCGCUGCACGAACACAUCCACGUCGCUUCAUGGCCUGGCUGCUUCCCGCUCAAGGGAGGCGAGCCAUACUCGAUGACCAGCGACGGUGUCAAGGCUCUGUCGUCCGUGUACGCCAUCGAAGGUGGCUCUUUCACCGUGAUGACGACGCAGCUGGUCACCGAGGAGAAUGCCCAGGCAGUCGGUCUCGACUACCGACCCAAUGGACCCUCCGAUCAUGAUUUCUUCCUUCCGCCUGGUGGAGGCUGGUGAGUCGAACAUGGUGCGACCUCAGAGCGGGCGAGACAUGCUGAUUGAGACGCGGUCAUCCGACCUCAUGCAGCGCUGCCAUCUUUGCGCCGGAUGGGCGCGAAUUGACCACUCCGCUGCCAUGCGCACAGGAGGGCAUCCUCUACGCCGAAAUCGACUACUCGAUGUCAAACGCGACCAAGCUGCUUGCUGAUUGCGUCGGCCACUACAGUCGCCCCGAUCUCCUUCGGUGAGUGCAUCACGGUUUGGCACUUCAACAAAGCUGUAUGUUGAUAUUCCUCCGCCACCAUUUCCCAGACUGUCGGUCAAUCGGAAAGUGCAAAGCGUGACUGCUGCGGGGGAGACGAAGCAACCAGAUGUGACUGAACUCACUGCACAAGCAUGA